AUGACUGUUCUGGCCUACGCUGGCAAAGAUAUAAGCCAUUGGUUUAAAAAUGAGGAUUGGGUACAUUAUACCCAUCCUAUAGUUGGAUCCUAUACACCGUAUCACCAACACGGUCCUGGUAAUGAGCAGCCGGUAGUACCAUCCACAAGAUGGCGGCCAUUUACCAAUCCUUGGUGGUUGGAUGGCACCAAUAUUAUAGGAAAGGUUACGGAGAAGACUAGGCCCAUUAGAAUUACUAAUACAUUAACGGGAUCUAGUGUGACCCUGGAAGUUUGUUCCGAAGAAACCAUAUACCAAAUCAUGAUGCGCUACCUUCCCCACAACUCUCAUAUGCUCUCAUAUACUUGGAGACAUCUUGGUAGGGGACUAUUAUAUAACAAAACGUUAGAAGAAAAUGGCAUAAAAGAUGAAAGGGAUGUUUUUAGUAGUGUCGCAUUGCCUGAGAACUUUUAUAUACCAGAUAUUCUUUUGUAUUAUAACGAUGAUUUAACUGAAGAUCCACCGAAAAAUUGCUUUUGUCUAGAAAAAGAAUGCACUCAUAAUCAACCUGAGAAAUGUCAUUUGGAAACACUG